AUGGCGGGCGCGUCCAAGGCGAAGGGCGCGGCGGCGAAGGCGGCGGAGGCCAAGGCGGCGAAAGCCGCCGCCGCCGCCGCCGCCGCCGCCGCGGAGGACGACGAGCCGUACGUCGUGGACAUGAAGACGAUCGUUCGGUUAGAGCCCGCGUGGGUGGAUUUCAAGCCGCAGCCGCCGCCGCCGCUGCCGCCGCUGCCGCACGAGGGAGAGACGGAGGAGGAGCGGCGGGCGCGUCUGGCGACGGACGCGGAGACCAUCGCGCGCGCGAAAGCCAUCAAAGAUUCCAAGGCUGUGCUCGGCGCGAAGAUCGCCGCGGGGCCGUACGGCAGCGCGAACAGGCGGAAGAGCCACUGGGAUUACGUCCUCGUCGAGAUGCGGUGGAUGGCGAGCGAUUUCGCCGCGGAGAGGGACUGGAAGCUGGCGGCGGCGCGGCGGAUGGGGUCGGAGUGCGCGGCGGCGAAGGGGACGCCGGAGAGGCGCGAUCUGGAGAGCGAGGCGACGGAGGAAGGGAAGAAGCGGUGCACCGCGGUCGCGAGGGAGGUGGCGGCGUUCUGGAAGAAGGCGUGGUCGAGGGCGUUGGAGAAGCCCGUGCCGUCCGCGGCGACGCUCGUGCCGGAGAAGAAGCCGGCGGCGGCGGAUGGGGGCGACGGCGGCGGCGGCGGCGACGACGCGGCGGCGGUGAAGAAGGAGACCGCGGCGGUCGCCGCGGAGGACGGCCCGCGCGCGCGACGGUCCGCGGCCGCGGCGACCGCGUCUGAGGACGCGGCCGCGACGCCGACGAAGGCGGAGAAGGACGCCGACGCGGUGGUGGCGAUCGAGGGGAAACCGGACGUCGACGCGACAGCCGCCGCCGCCGCCGCCGCGGCGGGCGCGGGCGCGGGCGCGGGCGCCGCCGACGCCGCCGCGACGGACGCCCCGGCGGCGGGCGCGACGGAUCCGAACAUGCAGACGCCGAUGGCGACGAUCCGCGCGAAGAGCAUCUUCCCCGCGACGCCGCCGCCGCCCCCCGGGGUGAGCGUCAUCGAGCAGUGGGCGUGCGUGAAACUCCAAGGCGACAUCGCGCGGCUGAAAAAAGAAACCAUCAAGGAGGCGAUGGCGGAGAAGGAAGACGGCGGCAAAGGGAAGAAGGGCAAAGCCGGGAAGGGCAAAGCCGCCGCCGCCGCCGCCGCCGCCGCCGCCGCGAAGAAGGGCGGCGGGCGGUCGUCCCGGCGCGGCCGCGGCGCGAAAGACGACCCGGAGUCAGAGGAGGAGGAGGAGGAGGAGGACGACGACGAAGAGGCGGACCCCCCCGCCGCCGCCGCCGCCCACGCGUCCGCCGCCGCCGCGAACGACGACGCGUCGACGAUGCCCCCGCCCCCGCCCGUCUACCUCCCCGGCGGCGUUCCCGAUGCGACGCUCGACGCGGAGCUCGACUUCGACGCCGUCGCGCCCCAGACCCCCCCGCGCGUUCUCGACGACCCCCCCCCGCUCGCGUACGACUGCUACGCGUCGCACGCGGAGCGGUGGUGGGCGGCGUCCAUCGCCGCCGAGGCGCAAAAGUUUGCCGACUACGAGGUGCGCUUGCGCGACUGGGAGGAGAGCGAGAAGCGGCGCGCGCGCGCGGUCGUCGAGGCGGCGCGCGCGGCGGCGGAGGCGGAGGCGCAACGCGCGCAUCAGCACAUGCUCAACGAGCGGCGACGAGCGCAUCAAGCGAUGCUGGCGCAACAGCGCGCGGCGGCGGCGGCGGCGGCGGGCGCCGCCGGGAAGGGCAAGCGCGUCCGCGGCGGGGGCGAAGACGACGACAGCGAGGACGACGAUAUGACGCUCGCGACGCUGCAGAACAAGGGCGCGGGCGGGUCCGGCGGGAAGAAGCGCAAGGGUGGCGACGUCGACGCCGCGCUCGGCGGGAGGAAAAAGUCGCACAAGAAGCAAAAGAGCGGCCGCGGCGGCGUCGCGAGGCCGUGGUCGCCGACGGAGGACCAGCUCCUGUGCGCCAUCGUCCACGAGUUUGGCAGCAACUGGGGGCUCAUCACCGACGUCUUCGCCGCGAGCGCGCCGUUCAAGGGCGUGUUUCGACGCGCGGAGCAGUGCCGCUACCGCUUCCAGACGCUGACGCAAUCCGCCGAGAGCGACGACCCGAACGCGGUGCGCGCGUUGGACCUCGACAAGACCACCGCGAGGCAGGUGAUGCAGCGCGCUUUACCCGUGGAGGACAACACCGCGCGGACGCACUUCGAGCGCGCGGGUCUGUGCGCGGUGAAGCACGCCAAGCUGAGGCGCGCGGCGGCGGCGGAGCGCGCGGGCGACGACUACACGCGUCGCGCCGUCGCGCACGCGAGCUGGGGCGCGCACCGCGGGUUGCGAACGUCGGACCCGUGCGACCUCGCGGAUCAGGCGCGUUCUAUACACUGGUCCCCAUAUGACGGCGCGUUGCUGGAGGCGGCGCGCGCGCAGCAGCAGCAGCAGCAGGCGCAGCAGCAGCAGCAGGCGGCGGCGGCGCAGCAGCAGGCGGCGGUUCAGGCGGCGCAGAUGGCGGGCGGCGCGGGACCGGGACCGGGCGGCGGCGGCGGCCCCGACGGCGGCGGAGGCGGAGGGCCGAUGGACGCCGCGGCGGCGCAGCGGGAGCAGCAGCGGCGGCAGCAGAUGCAAUCUCAGAUGCAGAUGCAGCGACAGCAGCAGUACCAGAUGCAGAUGCAAGCGCAGCAGCAGCAGCAGCAGCAGCAGCAGCAGCAGCGGCAGCAGGCGCACCAGAUGCAAUCGCAGAAUGUGCACAUGCAGCAGCAGCAGCAGCAACAGGCGCACAUGCAGCAGCAGAUGCACAUGCAGCAGCAGAUGCACAUGCAAGCCGCGAACGCCAACAAGGGCGCCGGGGGCGUCAAGGGCGGCGCGAAACCCGCCGGCGCGAAUAACCCGCCACCUAACGCGCCUCCUCCGGGCGCGAUGCAGGGGACGUUCCAGCCCGUCCCCGGCGCGACGGCGACGAUGGAGAUGCCGACGAUCCCGGGCGGGGCCCCGGCGAGCUCGCCGGGGAGGAAGGGCGCGGGCGGCGGCGGCGGCGGCGGCGCGGCGGGCGCCAAGGGCGGCGGCGCGGGGGGGCCGUCGCCGGGGCUGGCGCCGGGGUCGUACAAGUACGGCGGCGGCGGCGGGGGCGGCGAGAAGGCUGAGCAGCCCGCGGGGAGGGGCGCGAGCACGCGCGGCGCGACGACGCCGCGGGGGAAGGCGUCGAAGAAGUGA